AUACAUAUAACUUUUUUUCUAUGAAAAAUCAAUCUAAGUGUACGACAAAUGACUGUGCCCGUCCCACUUGUAUUGUACAUCGUCCGCCUGUCUCAAUAAAGCGCCAUGAAAAUUUCAACUAUAUUCGAAGCUCCGUACUCGACGUUAUAUGAUACGCAAGGAACGCACAUUUACAAUCGAACUUCGUUUGCAGAUAUUGGCUGUGAUGCUCGGUUUGGCAGUAGCCCAAGACGUUCACCGCGGCCGACCGUUCCAAAAUCCAAACCAGGCUUAUCACCAGCAGCAACAAGCUGCGUCGCGCAACGUUGACAAUGGACAGUAUCAAGAGCAACGUCAAUACCAACCAGAACCAUCAGGGCAGAGUUUCUCCGAAAGAAAAACAACCACCACGCCCAUCCCUAUCAUCCAGUGGAACAAGCAGCAAGAACACGACGGCACUUACCACACCAAUUAUGAAACUGGCAACAACAUAAUCGCCGAGGAGAGCGGCUACAUCAAGACGGUCGGCCAAGGCGAGGAGCAAGCCGAAGCACUGGUGCAACAGGGCAGCUACUCGUACACGAGUCCCGAAGGCCAACUCAUCACCAUCCACUACACCGCUGACGAGACUGGCUUCCACGCGUCUGGCGAUCACAUUCCAACUCCACCACCUGUCAGCGAGGAGAUCCAGAAGGGACUCGAUCUCAUCUACGCGGGCAUUCGACAACAACAGCCGCUGCACGGGAGGCUCAACAGAAGGGUAACCAGCCACUGAACCAGCAGGUCGUCAGGCGAGACGAUCACACUGGUCAGUACAGACCAUAAAUUAGUCAGCCAUCGACGUUGUUCUCUCAAAUCAUCAUUUUUUCGUUCAUCGGAUUUCUUUAGCCCUUAGAUCAUCGACUAGCAAUGUGCUUAUGAUCGAUCAUGUACUUGCGAACUCGUAACGAUAUUCGCUGCAAUACGUUCAUCGCUCUGUAAUACUUAUUAUUACAUCCGUGUAAUAUUAUAUGUACCACGCGUAGUAAUUAUUUGAGCUAUAAUUUUUUGUAUUGUACUGUUUUGUGAUUAAAGUAAG